AAUUUUAAAUUGCAGCUCAAUUAGCCCAGCCCUAAGCCCUUAAAGGCUUGAAAACACUCUCAAACUUUACUCGCUUUUUCCUAGGCAAAUCCUUCACCAGAACUGAGAACUAAAUGGAGAAACCGGAAAUCAACGGUCCUCUUUUCCGUUCGAGCUCAAUAAGCAAUGGCGGCACCAUUAGGUCAGCAAGUCCCGUUCUUUCUCUUCAACCCAACUUCAGUAGCCAAGCCGUUCAGGAAGCUUUGGAACACUUGGCAUCUAUCGACCUUAGUGAGUUAUUCAAUGAGGCGAAAAUUGAGUACUGUCGAGCAACUAGAGACUUAAGAAGCUGUAGUCGAUAUGUACAGUAUGCGUUGAACUCAUGUGGACAUGCUUCUCUUUGUGCGGAAUGUAGUCAACGCUGUGAUCUUUGUCCAAUUUGUAGAACCCCAUUGAUAAAAAGUGGUAACGGUAGACUUCGUCUUCGCCUUUUUGAUGAAUGCAUAGAUGCUGGCCUCAUCUCUAGAAGAUGUGAUGAGAGGUUUCAAGAUAAAGAAGAUAGAGAUAAUCAACUCACUGCUGAUGUUCAACGACUUUAUUCGUUUUUUGAUGUAGCCUUGGAGAAUAACUUGGUUUCGUUGGUCUGUCAUUAUGUUACAGAUGUAUGUAUGGAUGAAACUGCUGUUUCCAGUGAUGUUGUCACUGCUUUGUUGCUGGAUGAGAAGGUUGUUAAGGAUUGGGUCAAGCGGACAUUUAAAAACAUGGCAACAGAACUUCAGCGUAUAUAUUAUCUUGAGAUAGAAGAGAUGAAAAAUCGGUUGGGUUUGCUUCUAAAAUUUUCUGUACGUCUGACCAGUUUAUCCAGUGUACUUGAAGUUUUGGAGUCUUCUUUCAAGGGCCGUCUUUCAGCACAGCUUCAUGACUUGCACCACCUUCAAGAGAGUAUAUUGAAGACAAAGCAGCAUCUUGAGAUCACAAUAUGGUGUAUAAGGCACCACUUCUUGGAACAAGUGAGGUCUCGUCAUGCUGAUUUCACAUCCUGGCGUAAUCAUGUCCGUGAAAGGAAAUCAGCUUCAAUCGUGCGGGCGUGGCCUCCUCCUGAUGUGUUAGAUCUCUCAACCAACUCCACUGGACAGGAAGCUUCUCUUUUCAUUGAGGAUGCACUAGAAAAUCUUGACAUAUACGAGAAGAUAGGAGAAGAGUCAGAUUUUGCAUUUUUGCAGAAGAAUGGCGCCUUGUCCUUUCUUCAGUCUAAAAUAGGUGGAAUUACAGGAUAUUAUCCUUUUGAAAGUCUUCGAGCUGCUGUGGAUAUCCUCUUUCUACGUGGUGGUUCUGAUUUGGUGGUUGCCAAGCAAGCGAUUUUUGUGUAUUACCUGUUUGAUCGGCAUUGGAGUAGGCCGAAGGAAGAAUGGAGGGACAUUGUUGAUGACUUUGCAGCCUCCUUUGGCAUCAACAGGCAUUCCUUACUUGAGUCAUUCAUUUUCUGUCUUCUGGAUGACCACUCAGAUGAAGCUUUACUGGAAUCUUGUCAACUUCUCCCUGAGAUCUCUGGCCCAGAAACUCAUCCAAAGAUUGCACAAGUUCUGUUAGAAAGGCAGAAUCCUAAGGCAGCGCAAAUGGUGAUACGCUGGUCUGGUCGUGAUGGCGGAUCACAGUUGGUUUCACUUAGUGAGGCUGUUACUAUUGUUCGGGUGAAAGUGGAGUGUGGGCUUUUGACAGAAGCAUUUACAUAUCAGCGAAUGCUCUGUGCAAAAGUCCGGGAAAAGAAGUUCAAGUAUGAACGCAGUGGUGAUGCAUUUGAUGACUUGAAAGGUCAAAGCAGGUCCUGGAUGGACUGGUUAGAAGCAUUGGUCACCGAAUUUUGUUGUUUAUGUAUUAGGAGGAAUAUGGUUGAUCGAAUAAUUGAGUUACCAUGGAAUGGUGAGGAGGAGAAAUAUAUACACAAAUGCCUGUUAGAUUGUGCCAGUGAUGACCCGACAACUAGUAUUGGAAGUCUCCUUGUUGUAUUCUAUCUUCAGCGGUAUCGAUAUGUUGAGGCAUAUCAAGUCAAUGUUAAACUUUGGAGCUUGGAAGAAGACUUCAUUUCAACUCAUUCUGGCAAUGAAGAAUUUCUAGAAGCUCUAUCAAGAAUGGAAUCACAUCGUCAGAGGAGAAAAAAAUUGGUUGAUAAAGGCAUAGAAUUGCUUCCCGAAGUCCUACAACAACAAGUAAAGACGGGAACAUUGCCUGAUAUAGUAGUUGCUUCUGGCCAAGAGGAUGAAAUGCCAACAAGAUCUGGUUCUCCAAAAUCAGCGAGUUUGUUGGUUCCGUCCUCUUCUGAUUCUGUUGUUCUACGACCAGACCAUAUGGUGACUCCUUUGAGACCACCCGUUUCUGAAAUUCCUAGAAUAUUGGAUGGGUAUGUCAACAAUUCUCGUGUUGAAGCUGGUAACCAUGGAUCUACAUCAAUACUCCAGGGGAGAUUAUUUGCAGAUGCAGGAGUAUCAAAUGUUGAAAUUGGCAAAAACUUCAAUUUUGAUAACAUCUCAGGUCCUGGAAUUCAUCGUGUAAAUCCCACAUAUGCUACACCAUUAAAAGGUAUCAAUCAGAGUUCAUCAAGAGAGCUUUCAAACAGACACCUACGACAAAAACAAUCUGAUAAAAUCAUUUCAGAGGGUGAGCAAAAUGGGUUUGUUAGCCAAGUUCACAGUCCAAGUCCUCCUUAUUCCCGAAGAGUGACGGCUAAUCCUGCUUCUACACCUAGCAGUAACUUUGGAUUGUUUAAAGGUGCCGCAAAUAACUUAAGUUCAAAUAUUUCUGGUAAGAGGGGUCAAUCAGAUAGAGAUGAUGGGGGGUGGAAUGUACCUCCUACUGAAGACGUAAUGGAUGUCUCUUGGAGCCAUAGGGAGAGAUCUUUUGAGGACAGAAAUGCACAUGUGGGGCUAAGAUGGAGGUCUGAUGAAACGAGCGAUGAUGAAGAACAGUGCCCCGACAGAACCAUGGAAGUUGGUGCAACCCCUGUAAGGGGACAUAGAAGGAGGAGAUUCACGAGAAGAUGAAAGAACCUCAUUGGCCAUGUAUUUCACCAUUCUGUUACCUGAUUCUCGUUCUUCCCAUACCUAAAGCGACCUGAUCCCUAUAAUUUUGUUGGGGGAGGGGGGGGGGGAGUAUCGCUUGUGUUGCAACUGCCACCCUUUUUAUUUGAGAACAAGGUACAGCUCUUCUCUUGUCUAGAAGUCAUGGAUAUCAAAGAUUCCGAGGGGCAGGUAAUGAACCAUACUUUGUCUUCUUGAUAUGAAGUUUGAGAAACGAAAGGUCUUUGAUAAUUUAAAUGCAUCAAUUAAUGAAGGAUGAACCAUAAUUUUUGUAUUCUUUUCAAGACUUCUUGUUCCUUCCCGUAUCAAGAUAAUUGAAUGUUACUAUCUAGCCAAUGUUGAAUGUUAGAUAAUUGAAACAGAACGUAGAGUUAUUAUAUUGCAGUUGGAUUUAACAAGUUGUCGACCAA